AUGUCCAAACUCCCUCUCAAAUCCCUCUCCCUCAUCCUCUCCCCUUACCACGUCGGCCAACUCAACAAAGGCCCCGGCGCCGGCCCAGCAUUCCUCAAAACCUCCGGUCUCGACUCCACACUCCGCUCCCUCGGCCUCCCCGUCCACAAAGUCCAAGUCGAGCCGGUCGACGGCCACGAAGGUGAAAUCGGACGCAGCUUCGAGGUCAUCAGACGAACCGCGAAUCUAGUAGCGCAAGAACGCCGCAGGGGUUCGUUCCCGAUCAUUCUCGCCGGGAACUGUAGUUCCGCGGUGGGCGUCGCGGCGGGGCUUCACGCGUCGCGAGCGUCUGGAGAUGGGGGGCUGGGGUGUGUGUGGUUUGACGCGCACGAUGAUUUUAAUACACCCGACACCGUUAUGAGCGGGUACUUUGAUUCGAUGCCGAUUGCCAUGCUCGCGGGGCAGUGCUGGAAGGGUCUAUUGCGGACGGUCCCGGGACACGAGGCGGUGGAUUUGGAGCGGUUGGUGCAUGUUGGUAUGAGGGACGUGAAUGACUUGGAGCGGGCCAGGGUGGAAGAGGCAGGGUUCGAUGUCGUCUGGGGCAGCACCGAGAGGAAGGUUGAUUUCGGUGCCGAGCUUGGGGUUGUGCUGCAGCGGAAGAAGCUUGGUGCUACGAUGGUUCACUUUGAUGUUGAUUCUUUGGAUACGUCCAUCGGGCACGCGAACCGGUUUGCUGCGCCGGGUGGGCUGCUAAGGGAGGACAUUAUCGGGUGCUUUGAGGGGAUUCCGGAGAAGACUGAGCCGAUGUCUCUUACAGUGGCUUCGUUUGACCCGUCGUAUGAGGGGGCUGAGAAUCUUGCGGCGGUUGCGGUUGAGGCGAUUAAGGUGUUUUUGCAGAUGUUGGUCAAGUCUGGUGUGCUAGCUAAGCCGUCUCUGGCGCUCCGGGGCCUCGGAUCGAUGCCGGCAUCCGAUGAGUCUCGCUGGGGAAGAUGUCAACGCUUAGCGAGGUCGAAAUACCCGCGCGAGGAGCUCAUUGGUUAA